AGAAUUGAAAUUUCAAAACUUUAGAGAGAAAGAGAAGAGAGAGAUUUUACCAAAAAAAAGAGAAGAGAGAGAAGCUAUGUUUGCGGCGGAGAAUGGUCUGAAAGGAGAUCCAAGGCUUGAAGCUAUAUCAGCAGCCAUUAGAGUUGUUCCUAAUUUCCCCAAGAAAGGGAUUAUGUUUCAGGACAUAACAACGUUGUUAUUGGAUCACAAGGCGUUUAAACAUACAAUUGACAUCUUCGUAGAUCGUUACAAAGACAUGCAAAUCUCUGUCGUUGCUGGAGUUGAAGCAAGAGGUUUCUUGUUCGGUCCCUCCAUUGCAUUAGCCAUCGGCGCAAAGUUUAUCCCUUUGCGUAAACCAGGAAAAUUACCAGGGAAAGUGAUAUCAGAGUCUUAUGAGCUCGAGUAUGGACAUGACCGUUUAGAGAUGCAUGUUGGCGCCGUUGAGCCACGCGAACGCGUCAUUAUCAUCGAUGAUCUUGUUGCUACGGGCGGCACUCUUUCAGCCGCCAUGAGCCUAUUGGAAAGCCAAGGAGCUGAAGUUGUUGAGUGUGCUUGUGUUAUUGGCUUGCCUGAAGUCAAGGGGCAACACAAGCUGAAAGGGAAGCCGCUUUAUGUGCUGGUGGAGCCUAGUGGAUUAGAUGAGUUCUGUUAGGAUACAUAUCGGUUAAUUCCGGUUCAGUUUUUUUCCCCUUCAGAGUUCAUGUUCCGUUUCCAAAUUUCUAGGGUUCCAACUUCUUGUAUUCGUUCUCAUUUUAUGUUCUCUGUAGAUUUUGAAUUUUGAUGUCUGUUUUUUUUUUUGUGAGGAUUAGGACAAUGGGUUCUUUCCACGGCAGUGGUUGGUAAAAACUGGGAUAUUCAAAAUAGUCUUUACAAUUCCGGAUUUGGUGAACCGGUUUUUGUUUGGUGGAUUUUCUGAUGGAUCACUAACUUAUCUUAAUCAAUUUAUAAAAACUGU